AACCACUUUAUUCACAUAUGUCAGGACUGAGAAGUAUAGUAAUGAUGCAACGAGGAGUUUGUUAUGUUAUGAUUUAUUUUGGCUGUUUAACAGAAAACUGACUGAUACUUGUUGCUAAGUAAAUGUUAUACUGUAUUUCUUUAUUUCUAACAGGCAGGUUAAUGCACCUCUACGCCAUCUGUGUGGACUGUUUAGAAGGCGUCCACAAGAUCGUUUGCAUCAAAUGCAAGUCACGCUGGGAUGGGAGCUGGCACCAACUGGGCACCAUGUACACCUACGAUAUACUGGCUGCUUCCCCCUGCUGCCAGGCUCGUCUAAACUGUAAGCACUGCGGGAAGCCGGUGGUGGACGUUCGAGUGGGGAUGCAGUAUUUCUCCGAGUACAGCAACGUCCAGCAGUGCCCUCACUGCGGCAACCUGGACUAUCACUUUGUAAAACCCUUCUCCUCCUACAAAGUUCUCGAGGCUUAUUGACAAAUGCUCUUCAUGCAGGCUAGUUAAACUGCUUUUGUUCUCAAUUUUUUUCUAACACAAUCUAGGAAAGAUUUUAUUUUUUUGGGCCUUAAGGUGAUUUUAUGUUCAAGUCCUCUCUUUAAUGUUUUUUUAUGUAUAGAAAAAAGUAUUUCGUUUAAAAAAAAAGAAGUUCCAGGACAGUAUAUCUCUGCUGUUAGAGAAAGGUGUUGAUAAAGUGUGACACACAUCAGUCAAGUGAACACUUUUAUCCGUGACAAGUGAAUGUAUCUGUAUGCCAAAAUUUGCUUUUAUUUUAAUUUUUUACCAAAAUAUAAAAGAUGAAUCUUGAAUAAAGCAAAGAAAGAUGAA